AUGAUGGCUUCUAGACCUUGGUCAAGCCUCACUCCCGUUCAGGCUUUAGUUGAACAAUGUUGUGAUCCUACGUUACCUACCCCUAAUGACGUUGCGAAUAUAGAGUUAGCGGAGAUGAUCAAUAACCGAAAGGCAAACAGUGCGAGAGAGGCGACCCACGGUUUGCUACCACAUAUAAACUCACGUAAUCCCAAUGAAGCUAUCAUAGCUCUAGCAGUGUUAGAUCACCUGGUGAAGAACUGCGGAUACCCGGUACAUCUGCAGAUUAGUACCAAGGAAUUUCUCAAUGAACUGGUUAGGAGGUUUCCCGAGAGACCACCCAUGGUUGUGGGUAGAGUCAUGGGUAGGAUCUUAGAGAUGAUACAUGAAUGGAAGAAUACAUUAUGCGUUCACUCGAAAUAUAAAGAUGAUCUAGUACAUAUCCGAGAUAUGCACAGGCUGUUAAGCUAUAAAGGUUAUCGGUUCAAAUCGUUCGAUGCCGCUCGAGCAAUGGCUUCUGCUAACCCGAAUGAGGAUCUCAAAUCGCCUGAGGAGCUAGAAGAAGAGGAUAGACAAGCUAAGUCCGCUAAAUUGCAAGAAUUGAUCAGAAGAGGUACACCGAGAGACUUGGCGGCUGCUCAGGAAUUGAUGAAAGCUUUGGCUGGUGCUGAACCCGAGAAACAACCCGACUAUGCUGCUCAGACUCUCACUGAACUAGACAAAGUGCAAUCCAAAGCUAUACUCCUCAAUGAUAUGCUCAACAACGCCAAGGAAGGUGAGAAAGUAGGAUUGGAAGGAGACGUCUACGAUCAAGUGGCUGCGGCCUGUAGAGGUGCGAGACCGAAGAUUCAAAAGUGGAUUGAGGAUGAUGAUGGAUCGAGAGAGGGAAUGAUGGAUCGAUUAUUGCUCUGCAAUGAUCUGAUUAACACCGCGUUGGAAAGAUUCGAAGCUUGUAAAGUUGGAGAUUGGACGAAAGCUCAGGCUGUCGUUGAAGCUAACAACCCCAAUAAGAAAGCAGCCGAUCUCAUCUCCUUCGAUGCUUUUGCAGAUGAUGAUCAACCAUCUUCAUCUACCCUUUCAACUGGAGGUGGAUUGGCCUUACCUGCCGAUACAUCGAAUAACGCAGGUAUGACAGCCGCUGGAUUACCUUUCGAUCUCUUCGCACCUAGUCCUUCGGGUUCUCCUUCUCCCGCUGCUGGUCCAAGUGGAAGUGGUAUUUCAGCAUUUGGCUCACAAGCACAACAUCAGAGACAAAACCCAAUGGAUUUCUUCAAUACUCCUACGUCUUCCUCAUCUUUCCCCCUCCAGCAGCAACAACCGAAUUAUAAUGGUGGAUUUGGUGGAUUCCAAUCACAAUCACAACCAUUCCAACAACAGCAACCUAAUUACGGAUUCCAACAGCAACCAGCUCAACCUUCUCCUUCCAUACCUGGAUAUUCAUUACAACCUCAACAGCCCCAACCAAAUGGACAAAAUCAACGACCACAACAACAACAAUCACAGCAGACACAGAAGAAAGAUGCAUUUGCAGAUCUGGUGAAUCUGAUGGAUUGA